AUGGCCUCCAGGAACUGUUGUGGCGGAUCGUGGCGGAUCGGGGAGCGAGACAGAUUGCUUCAGGAACACCAGUCCAUCCCCAGGAACACCGACUCUGCCUUCAGGAUCACCCGUCCAUCCCCAGGAACACCGACUCUGUCUUCAGGAUCACCAGUCCGUCCCCAGGAACACCCGUCCAUCCCCAGGAUCACCCGUCCAUCCCCAGGAUCACCAGUCCGUCCCCAGGAUCACCAGUCCAUCCCCAGGAACACCGGCUCUGCCUUCAGGAUCACCCGUCCAUCCCCAGGAACACCAGUCCAUCCCCAGGAACACCGGCUCUGCCUUCAGGAUCACCAGUCCGUCCCCAGGAACACCCGUCCAUCCCCAGGAUCACCAGUCCGUCCCCAGGAACACCGACUCUGUCCCCAGGAUCACCAAAAUGACUCAUGA